AUGCAAUGUUCAAAUCAAAAUUUCAACGCGGCGGAUACAUCCUCCCAAGCACAACCCAUUCUUUCAAGUCAAAAAGAGCCUGUUUCAGGGGUAGGAGAUUUAAGAAAAUUUCUUGAAUCGAUAGCCCGCAUGAGAAGUAAUGAAGAGAAAACCGCUUACUGCUUUGAAACGCUUGAGGCAUUAGAUGUCAAUUAA